AUACUUUGAGUCCAUUGUGCCUUCCCUGUCGGCCUGUCCACGGCUGGCAUGGAGUAUGACCCCAACGACGAGGAAGUGGAGGAGGACUUGGACACCCAGCUCACCAUCCAGCGGAGUCUGCAGGACGCCCACAAGCCAGGAGCAGCACAGCACACAGCUGAGGAUGACAGCUUCCCUUCCACGGUGAGCGCCGAGUAUAAGAAGAUAGUUGACAGCAUAGAGACAGUAGGUGAGGAAGAUGCCCUGGCGCAGCUGGCCCAGCACCACUCCGCUUUCGAUGAGGCAGAUGGGAUGGGGUGGACCCCUCUGCAUAAGGCUGCAGCGCAACUCAAUAAGAACAUUCUGGAGAUAACCCUGAAGGCCUCAGAAGCCAGAGUGUGGGAGCGGCGCACAGAGCAGGGGGAAACGCCGCUGUUCCUGGCCGUCAGCCACCGCCUCGUCGAGAACACCGGCUUUCUUCUCAUCAACGGCUGCGACCCGGAUGCUAAGAACUUCGAAGGCAAUUCUCCUCUCCACACAGCUGUUCUGCGCGACUCCUACGACGUGGUCGCCCUGCUCAUCAGCCACAGAGCCAACGUCAACCUGCGCUGUGCCAACGAGAGGACAGCUCUGCACGAGGCAGCCAAACUGGGCCGACGGGACAUGGUGAAGCUGCUGCUGGCUUCCGGGGCGCACCCUGACGCGCGGAGCUCCUACGGAUUCACCCCUCUCGCUCUGGCUGCCCAAGGUGGCCACACGGAAGUCAUGGAGAUGCUACUGCAGAAAGGCAAGGCUUUCAUGCCAGCGUCUGAUUCUUCUUCCAUCCUGCUGGAAGCUGCUAGAGGAGGAAACCCGGACUCUGUGACUCUCUUGCUCGAGUAUGGAGCUGAUGCCAACAUCCCUAAGAACUCAGGUCACCUGCCCAUCCACGUGGCUGCUGACAGGGGCCACCUAUUAGCUCUAAAGAUGUUGGUUCCAGUUACAAAUCCUGCUGCCAUUAAGCAGAGCGGGAUCAGUCCAGUUCACUGCGCGGCAGCAGGGGCACACCCUCAGUGCCUGGAACUUCUCAUCCAAGCUGGAUUUGACGUGAACUUCAUGCUAGAUCAGAGAAUUCGCAAACACUACGAUGACCAAAGAAAGUCGGCUUUGUAUUUUGCGGUGUCAAACGGUGACCUCUCUUCAGUGAAGCUGCUUCUGGGUGCGGGAGCUCUGCCUAAUCAAGACCCAGUGAACUGCCUGCAGAUAGCCCUCAGAAUGGGCAACUACGAGCUGAUAAGCCUGCUGCUGAGGCACGGGGCCAAUGUGAACUACUUCUGCAGAGUCAACCCUCUGCAUUUCCCGUCCGCACUGCAGUACACGCUGAAAGAUGAAGUCAUGCUCAGGAUGCUGUUGAAUUAUGGGUACGAUAUCGAGCUAUGCUUCGACUGUCCUCACGGGGACAAAGUUCACCCUUUAUAUAGUUUUGAAGGCUGGACCUCUACAGUUAUCAAAGACACCAUGUUCUGUGAAGUGAUGACGUUGUCAUGGCUGCAGCAUCUCUCUGGGAAGGUUGUUCGAGUGAUGCUCGAUUAUGUUGAUCAAGUUCAGAUCUGUUCAAAGUUAAAAGCUGUGCUCCAGAAACAGGGGAUCUGGUCAGAGAUCCAUUUUAUCUUGACAAACCCUCGCUCACUAAAACAUUUGUGCCGCCUAAAGAUCCGGAAGUGCAUGGGACGUCUACAUUUGCGAUGCCCCGUCUUCAUGUCAUUUCUUCCACUACCCAAUCGUCUAAAAGCGUAUGUCCUUUACAAAGAAUAUGACCUUUAUGGACAAGGAAUUUUUACAGGAACCUGGUAA